AUUUUGUGCUCAUGUGCCAUAGUCAUGUAUAUAAUUAUUUUCCAUUUUCAAAUAUCAUAAUGGUACAAAGACUAUAUUACAAAUAGACCCCAAAAAAAAAAGUACAUUAUGAAGAAGAGGGCUUAUUUUUAGACAAAGGGAAGCGUAGAACUUCUAGAUACGGAGCUUUAAAGUGCCAAAAAGGCAAACGUAUCAGCCUUAACUCUUCACUAGAACUUGAAAAGGACACGUUGCUUAAUCUUGUUGAUUUCUUCUCUUCCAAUUGAAACGAAAAUACAACUCUUCACUGACCCCAUACUCUUUCUUCACUUGCGUCUCAAUUUCUUGAAUUCUUCAGUCUCUUUAAUGGCAAAGAAGCACAGAAAACUCUUCCCAGCUUUGAGUGCAACAAACCAGACUGGAGAUUGUCCAGACUUCUGCGACCCAGCCUGCCCCUAUAACUGCUAUCCUUAUGCAGAUUACUAUUACCUGUCUCCAUCACCACCACCUCCACCUCCUCCUUCUCUCUUACCCCCAGAGCAUCACCUGUCACCUUAUGUGAUCAUUAUAGUUGCUUUGCUCGCCAGUUUCUUCCUUGUUGUUAGCUAUUAUGUUAUCAUAGCUAAGUCCUGCCCUGGUUGGUGCAGUUCAAGGAACAACAGGCAGCCACAAGGUGAAGCGGAUAAUAUGGAUGAAGAGUUUCUUGACGAGAACCAGGUUGAUCACCCGAUUUGGUUUAUCACGACAGCAGGUUUGCAACAGUCGAUUAUCAAUUCGAUCACAGUUUGCAAGUACAAGAAAGGCGAAGGGCUUAUUGAAGGUACCGAAUGUUCAGUUUGCUUGAGUGAGUUUCAACAAGAUGAGACUCUUAGGCUCUUGCCUAAGUGCAACCAUGCCUUCCACAUUUCUUGUAUUGAUACUUGGUUAAGAUCUCACACAAAUUGUCCUUUGUGUCGCGCACAUAUAGUCAAUGAUCCUGUGACCACUCCCCUUAUUUUGGUAAAUCAGAAUGCUGAUAAUCAGAACACGGUAGUCAGAACCCCAAUGGACGAUUCUGAAGUUGAUGGUGAAUCAGGCAAUUCUCAAGAGAGAAAUGAACAAAACAGGGCUGGAACAGAGGUGGGAGGUGAAAUAGUACAUGUUGGAAACGAAAGAAUUAUGAAGGAAGACAUAAAUUCUACCGAAAAUGGUGACAUUGAGAAAAUUUAUGAGUCUGGUGAUGAUUUUCAGAUUGCAAAAAGUGAAAUACAGCCAGUGAGAAGAUCUGUUUCAAUGGAUUCUUUGACAGCUGCAACUAUGUAUCUCAGUCUAACCAAUACAAGUGCAAUUGAAUUGGAGGGAAGUUCGGUUAAUCAGAAAGAAAACAGUGAACAGCCUGGUUCAGGUAUUGUUUCGAAGCAAGAUGCAUUCAAGCAAUUGGGCAGGUCUUCCAUCACACAACAUCUGCACAAAAAUCCUGUUCCUAUGAAAAGAUCAUUUUCUUGCUCAUCGAGACAAAACAGAAACUUGAAUUCAAUUCUACCCUUGUAAAGACUUGAUAUACUCUUUUUGGUAAUUAUAUUUCAUAUGAGAUAGCAGCAAAUUGGAGACUUCUCGUUCCCUCCCACAUCCCAGUAAUGAAGCCAGGGCUUAAACACACAAGUCACGGGAUGUUAAAGCAUUGGGGAAAAAGAGAAAAAGAGGUAAGUUAGAAGAAAUCAGCUUCAGAUGAAUGAAUAAAUAAGUUUCAAGAUGUGAAGCAGAACCAGAAUAAGUUUCUGUAUCACAAAAUUGUGAUUUAGCUGAUGCCUUAAGGGAGAAGGCAUCGCUUCCACCAACAACAACCCAUUAUGCUUUUGUUAUUCUGAUGUGUGAAAAAUUGUUUCUGCAGAGAUGAAACCAUUGAUUUGGUCUAUGAAGAAUGGUUUUAAUUUUUUUU